AUGCAGGCCAAGCAGAUCGCUACCCUGGACCACUUCUCCGGCGGCAGGUUCCUGUUCGGCAUCGGCGCAGGCUGGCUGAAGGAAGAGACCGAAAUAAUGGGCGGCAACUUCGAGCACCGCUGGGGUCAGACCCGCGAAGCCAUACUAGCCAUGAAGGAACUCUGGACCAAGGACGAAGCCGAGUUCCACGGCCGCUACUACGACUUCCCGGUGGUCAUAUGCUCUCCCAAGCCGCACACAGCCCCACCCGCCUGUCUUCCUGGGCGGCUACGCCUCUAA